AGGGGCGUUCAGGACCCUUGGCAAGGCCCCCCGGUCCAGGCGGCCCCCGCGGACGGCGCCAAAGGAGUGCCUCCGGGCACGGCCGCCAGGACUCCUCCGGAGAGCAGGCCGCCGGGGGAGACCCGCGGGAGCUACUGCGUGUCCGAGGACAGUGACAUCAACAUCACCAGCGAGGAGGAGCCCCUGCCCGGCGCCAAAGACAAGGAGAACGGAGGCGCCGGCCCCUGGGCUUCCCCGGAGAGCCGGGCCGCGCCAGCAGAGGGCCUCUGCUGCUACAUCUGCGGGUCGCCGCUGGGCCCGGCCUCGCGGCACCAGAUCCACGUGCAGAAGCAGGAAAAGUUGGCUCAGGCGCCCUUCUUCCCCUUCCUGUGGCUGCACAGCCCCCCUCCGGGGGCCCAGCCCAUCAGCGAGGGCGGCAGCACCCUGGUGUGCCCCUGCUGCUUCUCCUCGCUCAUGCAGCAGUGGCAGAGCUUCGAGCUGGCCGACGUGCCCGUCCUGCAGCGACUGUACGUGGUGCCCCUGAACAGCCAUGCCCCGGGCAUGGCCUCCAAGGGCCGCCGGCUCCCCAGGGAGGAGGGCCCGCCCGCCGGGGCCCUGCCGGAGGCCUGCUAUCUCUGCGGGGAGGAUUGUACCCAGGACGCCCGGGCCGUGGCCUCCAGGAUCCUGAACGGCACCCCCAGGGGCUCCAUGCACUUCCCCUUCCUCAGCCUGCUGCCCCGCCCCCCCAACGCCCGGGGCCCCCGACAAGCGCUGCGAGGUCCGGAGCUGUCCCAAGUGCUUCAGCGUCCUGGAGGACGUGUGGGCCCUGUACCGGGCCUGCCACAACGACGAACUUAUCACCUCCGUGCAGGGCUUCCUGGGCAGGUACCACCAGGCCUUCUCGGCCUCGGACCCCGCCCUCUCCGAGCCGCCCGCGUCGGCCCCGGGCAGCCCGGCCUCCGUCUGCUACGUCUGCGGGGCCGAGCUGGGCCCCGGGAAGGAGUUCCAGCUCAACGUGAACCCCUCGGGCCGCCUGGGCGAAAAGGAGCCCUUCUUCCCGUUCCUCACCGUCUACCCGCCCGCCCCACGCGCCAGGCCCGCGGACUCCACCGGCCUGGUGGCCACCUGCGUCCUGUGCUACCACGACCUGCUGGGCCAGUGGCUGCAGCACGAGGCCCGCGGCGCCCAGCGCACCGUCAGCGCCUGGUCUCGGCAGUACCGGGUGGAGACGUUCGUGUGCUUCUUCUGCCGGCAGGAGAAGGAGCGGUGUCUCGGGCUGAGGGCCGUGCGGGUCGCCCGGCUGCCGCUGUUCCUCUACACCCUGCGAGCCAGCCGCAGCCUGCUGGUGGACGACGGGCGGCAGCUGAUCAUCGGCGCCUGCGUGGAGUGUGGGACCCUGGUGUGCGCCGGCCAGGGGCUGGCCCGCCAGGGGCCCCUCGGUUGGAGCUCCCCGGCGGCACCGGCGACGAAGGCAUGAGCCAUGAGCCCAAGUCCCCUUCACUAGGGAUGCUUUCCACCGCGACCAGGACCACCGCCACCGUCAACCCCCUCACCCCCUCGCCGCUCAAUGGCGCCCUGGUGCCCAGCAGCAGUCCCACCACCGGCAGUGCGCUGUCGGCCCAGGUCGCGCCGUCCUCCAGCUUUGCCGCCGCGCUGCGCAAGCUCGCCAAACAGGCGGAGGAGCCCAGAGGGUCUUCGCUGAGCAGCGAGUCGUCCCCCGUGUCCUCACCGGCCACCAACCACAGCUCUCCCGCCAGCACGCCCAAGCGCGUGCCCAUGGGCCCCGUCAUCGUCCCCCCUGGGGGCCACAGUGUGCCCAGCACACCCCCCGUGGUGACCAUCGCCCCGACCAAGACUGUCAAUGGCGUCUGGAGGAGUGAGAACCGACAGCAGGACGCCGGCUCUCGGGGCGGCGGCGGCGGUCGGGAGCGCCUCAUCGUGGAGCCCCCGCUGCCCCAGGAGAAGGCGGGGGGCCCCGCCAUCCCCUCCCACCUGCUCAGCACCCCCUACCCUUUCGGCAUCUCCCCCAGCUCCGUGGUGCAAGACUCGCGCUUCCCACCGCUCAACCUGCAGCGGCCUGUGCACCACGUGGUGCCCCCGAGUACCGUGACCGAGGACUACCUGAGGAGCUUCCGGCCCUACCACACCACCGAGGACCUCCGCAUGACCUCCCUGCCUCCCCUGGGCCUGGACCCGGCCGCCGCGGCCGCCGCCUACUAUCACCCCAGCUACCUGGCCCCGCACCCCUUCCCCCACCCAGCCUUCAGGAUGGACGACUCCUACUGCUUGUCAGCCCUACGGUCCCCCUUCUACCCCAUCCCCACGCCCGGCUCCCUGCCCCCGCUGCACCCAUCGGCUAUGCAUCUCCACCUGUCCGGGGUCCGCUACCCCCCCGAGCUCUCCCACUCGUCCCUGGCGGCGCUGCACUCGGAGCGGAUGUCCAGCCUCAGUGCCGAGAGGCUACAGCUGGACGAGGAGCUGAGGCGCGAGCGGGAGCGGGAAGCUGACCGCGAGCGCGAGAAGGAGCGCGAGCGGGAGAAGGAGCGCGAGCGCGAGAAGGAGCUGGAACGGGAGCGGGAGAAGGAGCGCGAGCGGGAGCUGGAGCGCCAGCGGGAGCAGCGGGCCCGCGAGAAGGAGCUGCUGGCGGCCAAGGCGCUGGAGCCGGCCUUCCUGCCCGUGGCCGAGCUGCACGGGCUGCGGAGCCACGCCGCGGAGGAGCGGGCCAAGCCCUCGGAGCAGCUGACCCCCACGCGCCCAGAGAAGCUGAAGGAGGCAGGUCUGCAAGCCCCGAAGCCCGUGCAGCACCCCUUGCACCCGACGCCCACCCCCCACCACAGCGUGCCCAGCCUCCUCUCCAACCACAGCAUCUUCUCGCUGCCGGGCAGCAGCGCGGCCACGGCCCUGCUGAUCCAGCGCACCAACGAGGAGGAGAAGUGGCUGGCGCGGCAGCGGAGGCUGCGGCAGGAGAAAGAGGACCGGCAGUCCCAGGUGUCCGAGUUCCGGCAGCAGGUGCUGGAGCAGCACCUGGACAUGGGCCGGCCCCCGGCGCCCACGGAGGCGGAGCACAGGCCCGACAGCGCCAGGCCGGGACCGAACCGUCAGGAGCCGGGCAGCCGAGACCCCCCGCAGCACUUUGGCGGGCCCCCGCCCCUCAUCUCGCCCAAGCCCCAGCACCACUCCGUGCCCACGGGCCUCUGGAACCCCGUGUCCCUGAUGGACAGCACCCUGGAGACGCGGCGGGCCCCCGAGAGCCACCCCCUGCACAGCCACCCCGCCCCGUUCGAGCCCGGCCGCCAGGCGGCCGUCCCCCUGGUGAAGGUGGAGCGGGUCUACUGCGCGGAGAAGGCCGAGGAGGGGCCCCGGAAGCGAGAGGCCGCCCCCCUGGACAAGUACCAGCCGCCCCCACGGGAGGCGGGAAGCCUGGAGCACCAGGCCUUCGCCCACGGGCCCGCGCCCUUCCUGGCUGAGCUCGAGAAGUCCACGCAGACCCUCCUGGGCCAGCAGCGGGCCCCGCUCUCCCAGCCGGCGCCCUUCGGGGAGCUCCCCGGGCCCCUGAAGCCGGGCUCGCCCUACCGGCCCGCGGCCCCCCGGGGCCCCGACCCCGCCUACAUCUACGACGAGUUCCUGCAGCAGCGCCGGAAGCUGGUCAGCAAGCUGGACCUGGAGGAGCGCAGGCGGCGAGAAGCCCAGGAGAAAGGGUACUACUACGACCUGGACGACUCGUACGACGAGAGCGAUGAGGACGAGGUCAGGGCCCACCUCCGCUGCGUGGCCGAGCAGCCGCCGCUCAAGCUGGACACGUCCUCCGAGAAGCUAGAGUUUUUGCAACUUUUUGGCUUGACCACCCAACAGCAGAAGGAGGAAUUGUUGACCCAGAAGCGGAGGAAGCGGCGGCGGAUGCUGAGAGAGAGAAGCCCGUCGCCCCCGACGGUUCAGAACAAGCGGCAGACGCCUUCGCCGAGACUCGCACUGUCCACGCGCUACAGCCCCGACGACAUGAACAACAGCCCCAACUUCGAGGAGAAGAAGAAGUUCCUGACGAUCUUCAACCUGACUCACGUCAGUGCCGAGAAGAGGAAAGACAAAGAGAAACUUGUUGAAAUGCUCCAUGCCAUGAAGCAGAAGGCACUGUCCGUGGUGGUGGCGGACCCGCUCAGGAACUCUCCGAGGGACAGUCCUGCUAUCUCCCUGAGCGAACCAGCCACGCAGCCAACCUCUCUGGAUGCGGAGAAGCCUGUGGGUGUCGCUGCUUCCCUGGCUGACGUCCCAAAGGCCACGGAGCCUGGGAGACUGGAGCAGCUGCGGCCCCAGGAGCCCGCUCCUGCCGGCGGCGAGAAGGCCAGGCUGAGCGAGGCCCCCGGGGGCAAGAAGGGCGUGAGCAUGCUCCAUUACAUCCGGGGCCCCGCGCCCAAGGACAUUCCCGUGCCGCUGUCCCACAGCAUCAACGGGAAGAGCAAGCCGUGGGAGCCCUUCGUGGCGGAGGAGUUUGCACAUCAGUUCCACGAGUCUGUGCUGCAGUCCACCCAGAAGGCCCUGCAGAAGCACAAAGGGAACGUGGCCGUGCUGUCCGCGGAGCAGAACCACAAAAUGGACACGUCCAUCCACUACAACAUUCCCGAGCUGCAGUCGUCCAGCCGGCUCCCUGGGCCCCCGCACAACGGGCAGCAGGAGGCCCCCGCCGGGAGGAAGGGCCCCCUCACGCAGGAAGUGGACCAGGCCUCGGAGGAUGACGACGAAGACGGGGAGGAGGACGACGACGAGCCCCCCAGGCGCAAGUGGCAAGGGAUUGAGGCCAUUUUUGAAGCUUACCAGGAACACCUAGAAGAGCAAAAUCUGGAGCGGCAGGUGUUGCAGACGCAGUGCAGGCGGCUGGAGGCACAGCAUUAUAGCCUCAGCCUCACAGCCGAGCAGCUCUCUCACAGCAUGGCGGAGUUGAGGAGCCAGAAACAGAAGAUUGUUUCCGAGAGGGAGCGACUCCAGGCAGAACUGGAUCACUUAAGGAAGUGCCUUGUGUUGCCUGCAAUGCACUGGCCUAGAGGUUACUUUAAGGGAUAUCCUAGGUGACGGUUUCCCUUGUGCUAGGCCGAACCUAUAGUAUAGAAAUAUUAUCUAUUUUAUUACCUUGAAUAUUUAAUAUUUUUCACUGGGAGGUUUGAAGCUUAAAAUUUAAAAAAAAGAAAAAAAAAAAAGAAAAAAAAAGAGAAUGUGCCAUGCAUGAAGCAAAGGACUCCAGGCCCCAGAAGAACGAACCCGCCUUGACUUCAAUGCAACGGAAUCACCUUUGUCAUUCAGCGAGCAACCGACUAGGAUGCCCAUCGUUCUUUUUGUUUGGUCUUUUCUUUUCUUUUUAAAGGUGGUUUUCUUCUUCCCCCACGCCAUUAUUUUCUAGUCUGAAAGUGAAGGCUCCCUUACCAACACUAAAACUGUAUCAUUGAGGGCCCCUGGGUGUGGAAUAAUGGAUCAGGCCGACUGUGUGGGGUUUCUGGUGUGGCCACGCGGCUCCCCGCCUCCUCGAGCCCCCCCCCCCCCCCCCCCCCGGCCCCUUCCGCCCCGGCGCGGGGUCGGCCUCGCUCCUCCCCAGGACGGAGACCGGCUUCGGCAGAAGGAAGGCGGGGUGCAUUUUCCUGGGAAAGGGCUCAUUUGUUUGUUACUUUCCUGCAAAAUUUUCUCCGAAGCAACAGGUCCUAGGAGCCCACAAAGCACCGAUACCGAAGCCUCACCCACAGGCUUUUCCCCGGAAAAGCUCUUAUCUAAAGUGCAUCACCCAACUGAAGGUACCUUUUUACUACUCCGUGGGGGAAAAUGUACAGAGCUCUAUGUAUACAUACGUUCACACCCACGAAAUUGUUACUGCGGUGGGUUGUGUUUUCAUACAAACGUAAAUUUUGAGAGAAAAGUCAAAGGUGCUUCAGCCUUGUACUGUGUAUAUAUAUUAAAAAAAAAAACAAAGUUUUGUAUGUUUUUAUUACUUUAAUUAUUGUUAUAAAAAGCCUGCCAUUUUUAAAUAUGUGGUUUGGGGGGAUUUUUGUUUGUUUGUUUUCCUGUUUGGGGGUUCUGUUUGUUUUUUUGCUUUUGUUUUCCUGGGCAAAAAAACUUGCUUUUAGUGUUUGUACUGCUGCUGGUCAGGACAUUAAACUAUUGAAGUGUUUUUAACGAUUAAAGAAGAAGAAAAGUAAAACAGCUUACCACUGGCGCCUAUGCGAUCACUUCAUUUUUGAGUUGCACCAGAAAGUGACGUAGAAAGCCAUGUGUUGUUCCUUCUUACCUCCUCCUGUCCCCUCCCCCUGGCUCUGGGGCGCAGACAGAACCAGUUGCUACUGUGGAGGGGCUCGGCCCCCGGCGGGCAGAGGCCGCCCGGUGCGCCCGCGGCUCUGCCGAAAGAACCUGUCAGGAAGGGAGCGAGUUCUGUGAUAGGAUUCUAAGGUGUCUUACAGCAGUCUGAGAACAGGUGCAAAGUAGAAACUUUAGAAGCUUUAUUUAGAUGCAAAGCUUUGUAAAAGCCUAAAAGUAGGUAACUUCCCCUCCUCUCGAACUUACUGCCCUGAGCACAGGAGCGGCUAGAAACCGGGGAAGCCAUCUCUCUCCGCGCAAAGCAGUGUUUCCUUCUCGGCCCCGUUCCAGCUCAUCCAGGCGGGGUCUCCUCUUGCCCGACCGGGCCCAGACCCGAGGCCCAAGCAGCCAGGGGCCGGUCCGUCGGGGGCGGGGGUGGAGGCGAGAACCUCGAUGGCCGCUGUCCCUUUCACCCUGGGUCAGGGACAGGCUGGCCGACCUUCAGGAAGGCUACUCACUGCGCUCGGUGGCCGCGCCCUCGGCACCAGACCUUAGCUGUGCAGAACAGCUUGCUGGCAGAUGGCAUUGUGUUGCUUUAUCUGUUCCCACACAGUUUGCUUUGUAUGUCUGCCAAGAAUCUUCUAGUUAUUAGCAAACUCAGACAAAAAGUGCCGCCAGUAUUAUCAGCAGUCAACAAGCGCCUUCCUCUCCACCAAAACGACUCGAGAACGCAGGCCUGUGCUGCGGGCCUCCCCUCCCCUGCAAAGACACCGGGAGACCAACUCGUUCCACAGGUGGGGACAGGUGUUGAGAGGGGGCUCUGCUGCGAGCAGUCAGGGGACGAGGUGACCGAAUUUCUCCCGAGUCGGCUGGCUCGCUCCGGUCUGAAAGAACAGGCUCAAGGGCUCCACCUCAGCACCCCGCUCCCCGCCCUCCCCCGGCCCCGGAAAAGGGCUGGACGCCCCUGCUAAGCAGCUCGGGGAGGGCCUGAGGAAACAGCCCCACCCCGCCCCUCACCAUCCGAGGGGAGCCCCCUGUUGGGGUGCUGUUACAGGUCGAGGGCCACGCCCAUAGGGGGGCGGUCACCACCCAGGGGUGGAACCCGUGGGUAUAGCUAGAAGGGCUCCGCUCCCUGCCGCUGGAGACUAACCGCCUCCCCUGCCUUCCAGCCUCGGUCCCUCCUCCUCCUCCCCGCACUCCCACCUCUCAGUAGAAAGACAAUCAGAAUACAGACCAGUAAGGCAGCACGAAGAAACGAAGGAAGGGAGGAAAGCAGAGGUGCACCACGAGGACCCGGCUUUCCCGUCCGGUGGCUAGUUUUCGUUUCCAGAGGGUUUGGAAACAACAGCACCACCUCUCUUCAGUUUGGGCUUAAAAAUGGACAAAUGCGUGAUCCUUGUCCGCUAUUUCACGUUGAGUUUAAAAGACAGAGUUGAGAAGUACGCCAGAUCUGCUCUAGAACUCAUUACGUAACUCGGGUCAGUAUUUUCGUGGAGACCCCCGUCUUUCACGACCUUGUGUCUUCCUGCCGCCCCUGCGAGACUUGGCUGCCGUCCGUCCAAAGUGGGGUCCUCUUCCAAAGUGGGGUCCUGGGGUUCUGCAUUCAAUCCCAUCAUUAGAAAGGAACCGGGGGAGCUUUCCCCCGAACUUGGCGCUUACGACCUGAUCCUUUGAAAAUGUUGUUUCCUCUAAUUAGAGCCAAAGGGACAUAAAAUCAUGACCUCCGUCCAUGAUCUCAGAUAAGUGACCAAGAUAGGACUUAACAGGAUUUUUUUUUUUUUCUACAGAAUAUAGGCUAAACACUUCAUUGGCAUUCACAUUCUAAUAGAUUACAUCCUUAAGGAAAUUCCAAGAAUACUUAGAGGAGCCCGCACUCUCGGCAGCGGAGGAUCCUAGUACAAGAAGGUCUGUACGAGGAAUGGGUUUUCCUCCAGUAGCUCGAUAAGACUGCCAAAUCUCAAAAAUCAGGCGCCCCCUUUCCCCUCUGAGCGGUCUUCAAAGUAGAAAAUUCCAGGGCUCCACCACAAGAUGGAGAUGGUCGGCACAAGCCAAUUCUGUAACUCUUAGCUGUGUAUUAGCCACUUAGCAGCGGAAAUCUCCCGCACCCCACGGAAACCAGUACCUGACUUCUCCCGUCUUACAGUAGCCAGUCCCAACUUUUUGAUCCAGCACUUAACUUAGACUCCUUCAUUCUGCCUUGACCUGAGGAAGGCCACGCUGAUUGGUUGUGUUACUUUGUAUGUGCCCUGUGCUCACUUGCUAGAACAGUAAAACCAGUACAUGGGAGGGAGGAGGGAUGCCUCGGUCACUCUGGGGGCAGUUUAGAUGCUGUGAAAUUAAACCUGUUCUAAGUGUACUUGUUUGAAUUAAUUGUAUUGUAAUAUUAUUUGUUGAAUGUAGUAAUUAGGUAUUUAUGAAUAUAUUGCUGUAAUUUCUGACAACAUCCAAAAAAAUAAAAUCUUCCUAAAUCA